CUCUGGACGCACCACUCUAUUGAAGUUGUUGGCGAAAUAUCGGGAUGGGUAUACAGAGGUAUCUGGAGAUGUUCGAUUUGGUAGCAUGGAUCACAUGGAAGCCCGGAAACAUCGGGGGCAGAUCAUCAUGAAUACCGAGGAUGAACUGUUCUUUCCCACUCUGACAGUCGACAAACGAUUGAUUUUGCUACCCGGAUGAAGGUGGAGUUUCCGGUUUUACUCCGAUAAUUUGCAGAUAUACCACGUCAGGAGAAGUUCAAUUAUGCCAAUACAAUCAUCGGGUUACUUCAAAUGCAGGAUAUAGAGCAUAGCCUUAUUGGUGAAGUUGGGGCAGGCUUGUUUAUCGAGCACCAAAAGCGGUUAACCAUUGGUGUUGAGUUGGUGUCCAAGCCAAAGACCCUCAUUUUCCUGGACGACCCUACAUCGGGUCUCGGCGGACAAGCUUUUCAACACAGUCAGGUUCCUGCGAAAGCUAUCAGACGCCGGACAGGCCAUUCUUAUGACUAUCCAUCAACCCUCAGCUUCAUUAUUUGCCCAAUUUGA